AAAUACAUAAAAAAAUAUAAGACCUUUGAUUUUUACUUGAACUCGAUUUCCAAUUCGAAGUCUUCAACAUUUUCAGGCUUAAAAGAUCUGGAUAUUUUGUGAUAUUAUUAUGCCACGUGUCAUGGUGUUAGGUUCUUUAAGAGUUAAUUAUGCAGGUUGUUUGAUUUUGACUUUUUAUUAAACUUUUCGCUGCUCCCUUCAUAACAAUUUUAGAGAAAAUGUUUCUUGCUGUUCUUAUUAGUAAUAUUAGUUGUCAAGCAUGCAAUGAUCAAUGUCUCACAAGGUUGAUGUAUAUUUUGUUCCCUUGUUCUUGGCAGAAGGCAAUGCAAUGACACAGUCGGCUGAACAUUUGGUUUCAGAUCCUACUAAGAUUCCAAUGGCGGAGGAAUCAAAGAAAGUGGAAAGUGCAUGGGGGAUUUUAUCUGGUUCUGAUUCGUACCAUGCCUCAAGUUAUGCUACCCUUUUUUCUAGCUCUUUGCCUGUUAUUCCACAUGGAAAGUUGAACUUAAGUGAUACUGAUAAUAAUUAUCAGUCUAUUGUUGGUGUCCCAUCUGAUCUAAAUAACCUACAUCAAGAUGCAGAAGACAAUGAUCCACUUGGAGACAUUGAAGCUCAUGCACUUGGAAAUUUGCUGCCUGAUGAUGAGAAUGAGCUUUUAGCAGGCAUAAUGGAUGAUUUUGACUUAAGUGGGUUGCCUAGUUCACUGGAAGAUUUAGAAGAGUAUAAUAUUUUUGGUAGUGGUGGAGGUAUGGAAUUGGAAACUGAUCCACCAGAGAGCCUGACCAUUGGUAUGUCAAAAGUGAGUCUCUCUGAUGCUGUUGCUGGAAAUGGCAUUCUCCAUUAUGGCCUUCCAAAUGGUGUUGGAACUAUAGCUGGGGAACAUCCAUAUGGUGAACAUCCUUCGAGGACAUUAUUUGUUCGGAAUAUAAAUAGCAGUGUUGAGGAUUCAGAACUAAGAGCUCUUUUCGAGCAAUAUGGCGAUAUUAGAACUCUGUAUACAGCAUGUAAACAUCGGGGCUUUGUGAUGAUAUCCUAUUAUGACAUUCGUGCUGCACGAACGGCUAUGCGUGCAUUACAAAACAAGCCACUAAGACGGAGAAAACUUGACAUUCACUUCUCAAUUCCAAAGGACAAUCCUUCAGAGAAGGAUGUUAAUCAAGGAACUUUAGUAGUUUUUAAUUUGGACCCCUCAGUUUCAAAUGAAGAUCUUUGUCAAAUAUUUGGGGUUUAUGGCGAGGUCAAAGAGAUAAGGGAAACGCCAUACAAGCAACACCAUAAGUUCAUUGAAUUCUAUGAUGUUAGAGCUGCGGAACAAGCUCUGAGGUCACUCAAUAGAAGUGAUAUAGCUGGUAAACGUAUUAAGCUCGAACCUAGUCGCCCUGGAGGAGCUCGUCGCAACUUGAUGUUGCAUCUGAACCAAGAGCUUGAACAAGAUGAAUCUCGAAGUUUUAGACAUCAAGUUGGUUCCCCAAUAGCCAAUUCUCCUCCAGGCAGCUGGGCACAGUUUAACAGUCCUAUAGAGCAUAGUCCAAUGCAUUCUCUUAGUAAGUCCCCUGUUUUUGGGAACAUGAGCCCGAUGAUCGGCAACCAAUUACCAGGUCUGGCUUCUAUCCUACAUCCCCAAGUCUCAAACUCAUUGAAAGUUGCACCAAUUGGCAAGGACCAAGCAAGGUGUAGUCAUGUAGAGCAUGCAUUAACCGGUACAAAUUCAACCCAUGGAACUGGGUUUCAACUUUCCCAUUCUUUGCCUGAGCCAAAGUUGAGCCAAUUCCAUGGAACCAUACCUACUUUUGGUCCUUCAAAUGAUUCCAGGAUGGAAACAAUGUCUGGGCCACAGUUUCUUUGGGGAAAUCCAAAUUCAUAUACAGAUCGCACAAACUCUUCUGUCAGGCCAACGUCAUCUUUGGAGCAUCCAUUUUCAUCCAAUGGAAAGGGCCAUGGCUUUCCAUACUCAGGUCAGCAAGGAUCUUUUUCAGGCUCAUCCCAACACCGCCACCACCAUCACAUUGGAUCUGCUCCAUCUGGUGUUCCGCUGGAAAGACACUUUGGUUUCUUCCCAGAAUCAUUGGAUACUUCAUUCAUGAGUCCCACUACAUUUGGAGGCAUGGGUGUAGGCCACAAUGAUGGAGGUUUUAUGGUUAACAUGGGUUCUCGUGCUGCUAUGAGUUCAGGUAUUGGCAUUCCACGGAAUGCAUCUGAGAAUGGUUCACCAAGACUUAGAAUGAUGUCUUCACCUAGGCUAAGUCCUGUAUUCUUAGGCAAUGGCCUAUACCCAGGACUACUACCCAACAGUAUGGAGGGUUUGGCUGAGCGUGGCCGGAGCAGACGGGUUGAAAAUAAUCGGAACCAGGUGGAUAACAAAAAGCAGUUUCAGCUGGACUUGGAUAAAAUUAUUAGCGGUGAAGAUACUCGAACAACUCUGAUGAUAAAAAAUAUUCCGAAUAAAUAUACCUCAAAGAUGUUGCUGGCUUCCAUUGAUGAAAAUCACCAGGGGACCUAUGAUUUCCUCUAUUUGCCCAUAGAUUUUAAGAACAAGUGCAAUGUGGGCUAUGCCUUUAUCAAUAUGCUGUCCCCUUCACACAUUAUACCGUUUUAUGAGGCAUUUAAUAGUAAGAAGUGGGAGAAGUUUAAUAGUGAGAAAGUUGCUUCUUUGGCAUAUGCUCGAAUCCAAGGAAAGACGGCUCUUGUUGCCCAUUUCCAGAAUUCAAGCUUGAUGAAUGAAGAUAAGCGCUGCCGCCCAAUACUCUUUCACUCUGAGGGCCCAGAUAGUGGUGCUCAGGGCAUUCCAGAGCAUUUACACUCUAGUUUGAAUAUCAUUCGCCAGCCAAAUGGGUUGCCCUCAGGUGAUUCUUCAGGUAGCCCUAAAAAGAAAGAUGCUGGUGAGGAGCUUGAAAUGUUUUAACAGCUUAAUAUGAGGAGACGGCCCUUGUACCAAAUUCAUGGGGGCAAUGAAGGCUAACUUAUCCGUACAUAUUUGUCCAUAAAAAAAUGGGAAGGGUGAAUCCGUUAUUUACAGGAUGCAGAUUUUGUGUAGUGAGACUCUUGGGAGCUAGCUGAGCAUUUGAACUUCGGAGUUCAAUAUCUAAUGUCUUGUAUUUGAGAGGAUGUAGGGUUCUGCAUCAUUGCUCUGCCUUUAGCCUCUCUAUUUUGGGUUCCUUUUUCGGUGUUCCAAAACGGAACAUUCGUUGUGGGAAUUGCAAUUUUGAUGGCAAGGGAUGUAACAGUAGUGCCAUUAACAGAAAAUUGUAUAGUUCGGAAUGCAGACUUUGUUUUUGUUGGUCACAUAAUUUGGUUCUCUUAUGAAAUGAAUGUAAUUUGACAAUGUCUGGUUAUGCUCUA